AUGUCAGACCUCGGGGACUGGUUCAGAAGCAUCCCGUUCAUCACGCGCUACUGGUUCGCCGCUUCAGUCGCUGUGCCGCUGGUGGGGAAACUGGGCUUGAUCAGUCCCGCACAUCUCGUGCUGUGGCCGGAAGCGUUCUUUCAUAAGUUCCAGAUAUGGAGACCGAUAUCUUCAACACUGUAUUUCCCAGUUGGUCCAGGAACAGGUUUUCUAUAUAUGGUCAAUCUGUACUUCCUGUAUCAGUACUCAUCCCGACUGGAAACAGGGGCCUUUGAUGGAAGACCAGCAGACUACGUGUAUAUGCUGCUUUUCAACUGGAUUUGCAUUGUUAUAACAGGAUUGAUGAUGGACAUGCAGCUCCUGAUGAUCCCAUUGAUCAUGUCUGUGCUGUAUGUAUGGGCCCAAAUAAAUCGAGACAUGAUAGUGUCCUUCUGGUUUGGUACAAGAUUCAAGGCCUGCUAUCUCCCCUGGGUCAUUCUGGGAUUCAACUACAUCAUCGGUGGCUCUGUUGUGAAUGAGCUGAUUGGAAAUUUAGUGGGCCAUCUUUACUUCUUCCUCAUGUUCAAAUAUCCCAUGGACCUGGGCGGCAGAUCCUUCCUGUCCACUCCACAGACCCUCUAUCGGUGGUUUCCAAACCGACGUGGUGGGGUUUCUGGAUUUGGCGUCCCACCCACCAGGAGACGCACUCCUCAGGAACAAGCAGGAGGAGGUGGUGGACGUCACAACUGGGGGCAAGGCUUUCGGCUCGGGGAAGAUUGAGGAUGUCCUCCUACUGAAGCCUCCAUGGACUCUGAUGCUCACCAGGCACAUAAUAAAACAUUGAUGCUGCAGAACACAAGUUUGCAUAUGUUUGGGCUUCGGUUCAGUUUCUGUAUCUCUCCUUCCGACUACGAAUGAAAAGAAGGUAGUCCUUCCAGAGCUCCUUCACACCAUGUCAGCGUGUUUGUUUACUCUUUGUGAUAUUGUAUGUCACACUGUAACUGGGUUUCUCACCAUGCAUGAGCAGCCCUGCAGAAAGAGGAGCCCGGGCAGUGUUUGUGUAAAGGAGAUGAUUUAGAGGUCUGAAAUGUGUUUUUAAAUCUAACACACUGUGGCAGUGUGUGAUGGCUUCAGAUUAGACACUUUUGUGGAAUGCUUUAGUUUUCACUGUCCUGUUGAUUGUUAUGUACAGAAUAUUUACUUAUUUUUCUUUGGACUAAGAAAUUUGAAGAUGUGCAAAUCUUGUUUUAAUCGCUUUUACUAGUAAAUUUUUGUUCAAACUUGUUAAGUGUAACCUUUGUCCUAACACAUCCUGUCACGUACAACACACGUGUCUAAUGAGCUCUCCUAUUAAACUAAACUUCAUUACUGAAAUUAAGACCACUUAAACUAGAUUCAGCCUGUAGGUGUCAGUAUAGCAUAUAAAUUCUACCUCAUAACUUGGUGGUAGAGAGUAAAUUGAAAUAAAACUACAACAAAGUGCCAAGUAAAUAAAGUCUGAUUAUUUAAAACACUUGGAUAGUCACACUUAAAUGAAUAUGAACUAUAAACCCUGACAUAAUGAUUGCCUUAAACAACUACCAGGGCAUUUUACAGCCACAUUAAGCAGAUAGUUAACAAAGCAAGCACUGAAAUUCAAUAAUUAAGAUAUGAAGAGGCAGUACUGAAAGGUAAUAGCCUGAAAGGCAAAAGGCUGUGGUUCAGUAGUUUCAUGCUCCAACACUUAUACUGAAUAAAUAAUUCAUUAUCAAGCGUUUUGUAAUGAGAAGGGAGUUUGAGUGUAGAAAUGACAAUGUACAGUGAUGUGGCCUGGACUGUAUUCUGUAGUUAUCUAAUUGAACAAGACAAUGCAGCCUUUGGAAAAAGAGAAUAAUUUUAGAAAAAAAAAGAAGACUAAAAUGAUGCUUUAAAAACAAUUCUCCAUGGUGAACAUGGUAUGUGACUUGUAUAAAGCAACAGGACGUUAAAUAAAAUGUUACUGCUGUUCAGUCUAA